AAACCGCUUUCUUUGUUAGACAGAUGGAUCCAGGAAAACAACGAUUUGGUGAACAAAUGGAAGCCGGAAGGGGGAGGAGAUGCCUGGAGUCAAGACCAAAGCCAGAACCAUCUGAGAUUGUGUUCAUCAGAGUUUCACAAACUUUUAAGGAAAAUCCAAGGUAUCCCUCCUCUUGCAGAUCACACACAGCUGGAGCUGACAGUGGUGUACAAUGCCUGUGUGUGCUCUGCAGCUCAGUCUCAGUUCUCGGAGGCUGAGCUGCUCCUCAAACAAGCCACAGAGAGAGUUCUGCAGAUGACUGGAGAUGACCCCGUUGCUUCAGACCCUCCUGCAUUUUGGAGAGCAAUUCUCAAAUCAGUGGGAAAUGCAGCUUUGAAUCCCUGUGUACUGCACCUUCUCUGUGUGCAGUGGGCAAUAUGGCUGUCCACCUGCCAGCUGAAAACUAUACAGGAAUUACAGGAUGAGCUGUUCUCUGUGUUUGAGAUGUUGCCUGCUGGAGUUUGGGAUAACAGGUGGAGUGAGACAAAGGGAAAGUCCUCUGUCAUUCCACUACUGGUGAUGGAUCCAAGAAGGCUUAUUGAAUUGUUGCAGAUCUGCACUUUGAUUGCCCAAGGUGCAGAAAGAUUGAGUGAGGGCUGGAGUUCAGAAGCGCUGUCUGGUCUGCAGACAGCUUCCUCCCUGCCUGCUCCCAGAACUCUUGUCGCAUACACACACCUCCUCUCAGGCCUUUGCCUCGCCCGUAUGAGCCGCCCUCAGAUGGCAUUGCAGUGUUACAGGAAGGCACUGGAGACAGACUCCCAGUGUGUGUGUGCUCUGUACCAGAGCAUGCUCAUCUACAGACAGCUCGGCAACACACAGGCUGAGAUACAAGCUCUUCGUUUGCUGCACUCAACUUUGAUGUUGCCCUCUGCCACAGAGCCUGCUCCGGCUGGUACUCAUCUCCUCUCCCCGUCCCUGCUGCUGCAGAGCCAAUCACUGAGCAGCCUGCUCUCAGUUCCCUCUGCCCUCUCUGUCCUUCACAAUCUGGCCCUGAAGUGUGUGCUCCACAGGAGAGUGUCGGAGGGUAUAGAAUAUUAUUUGGAUCUGCUGGCUGCCCUUCACUCAGAUGAUCAACAUGGAAUGCAUGCUGAGGGCCCUCCCCUACCGAGGUUGCCUGAGCUUUACCUGCAGGUCGGCGCUGCCUUGCUCAUGGCCCAACGGCCCGCAGAUUGCAUGGCACUUUGCGAUGAAGUUAUUGUUACGACACUUGAGCUGCUGCCAGAGAAGGUGGUCUUGGAAGAGCCAGAGGAGAAGUGUGAGGCUGAGACCAGGGCGCUGUGUGCUGAGGGGGACAACAGGGUGGGGACGCUGCUCUGGACGGGGGCUGCCUACCUCCUCCAGGGUCACUGCUACACUCACCUGAAGGACUGGAAACAAGCUGUGACUCACUACACAAGAUGUCUGAACCUGCUGGUGAAGGUGCACUUUAAAAAGAGAGGUUUCCCGCCGCAGAUUCCUAGCGCAGAUAUGGUUGGCGAGCGGGGAACAGAUCUGUGUAUCCUGCAGAGGCUGAAGGGGCUUUCACUCGCUGGCAGGGGCAUCAGUUUCACCCAGACAGACCAACUGAGAGAGGCGCUCAGAGACCUCCAGCUCAGCAUGCAGGUCUUCCCAGAGUGUGUGUGUGCAGGGCUGUGGAGGGGCGAGGUGCUGUGGAGGCUUGGCAGGAGAAGGGAGGCUGCAGCCUGUUGGGAAAAGACCUGGAGCUUCAACACACAAUCCUCAGCAGAGAGUCUGCCUGUGUACCUACAGGAACCUCAGUCUGGCCCACUGUUGGACUCCACAGAGCUGCGCCGCAGAAUCCAGGAACUUGGUCCAAGUGUGUCCGCCUAGAGAGACAAAAGAAGAAUACCCUAUCACUUACUAAACAGGAUCAACUUUCUCUUGCCUGUGAGCUGAAACCCAUACCCACAACAAGCAUGUAUCUACUAGGGCAGUAAAAUAAACAAUCUUGAAAGGGCUCGUGGUGUUUGAAAGUGAGAUCAUGGUGUGUGUGAUAAACCAGGCAGGUGGUUUAUGCAUGAGAUGGAAAUUACC